CGUCAGUACGUUUUUUUCUUCUUCUCCAUUUCCAUUGAGACAAAAAACGUCAGAUUUAAAACGUAAGUUCAGUUGACGUUAUCAUAGAAAUGCCGGUAGUGGAUUAAUCAUUUUACGCUGGAUCUGUAAUGAAUUCACAUAAAAGACAUUGCACAUUACAGACAAUUUCGAAGAGAAAAACUUGUGUUUUUUCUAUAUAUUAAGGCCCCACGUUCAAUGUAUCGAUCAAUCUGGCUCCUAUGUAGGUAGAGGGAUUUGCAAUGUUUCCGUGCCUGGUUGCAAUUUGCAAUUCUCUGGCACUUUUGUUAGAGCGGAUUUAAAUGUCAACGUGCUUAAGAUAUACAGUAGAGUGCAACUUUAUAUUGAGAUAUACAAUAGAGUGCAACUUUAUAUUGAGAUAUACAAUAGAGUGCAACUUUAUAUUGAGAUAUACAAUAGAGUGCAACUUUAUAUUGAGAUAUACAGUAGAGUGCAAAUUUAUAUUGAGAUAUACAGUAGAGUGCAACUUUAUAUUGAGAUAUACAGUAGAGUGCAACUUUAUAUUGAGAUAUACAAUAGAGUGCAACUUUAUAUUGAGAUAUACAGUAGAGUGCAAAUUUAUAUUGAGAUAUACAGUAGAGUGCAACUUUAUAUUGAGAUAUACAGUAGAGUGCAACUUUAUAUUGAGAUAUACAAUAGAGUGCAACUUUAUAUUGAGAUAUACAGUAGAGUGCAACUUUAUAUUGAGAUAUACAGUAAGAGUGCAACUUUAUAUUGAGAUAUACAGUAGAGUGCAAAUUUAUAUUGAGAUAUACAGUAGAGUGCAACUUUAUAUUGAGAUAUACAAUAGAGUGCAACUUUAUAUUGAGAUAUACAGUAGAGUGAAACUUUAUAUUGAGAUAUACAGUAGAGUGCAACUUUAUAUUGAGAUAUACAGUAGAGUGCAAAUUUAUAUUGAGAUAUACAAUAGAGUGCAACUUUAUAUUGAGAUAUACAGUAGAGUGCAAAUUUAUAUUGAGAUAUACAAUAGAGUGCAACUUUAUAUUGAGAUAUACAGUAGAGUGCAACUUUAUAUUGAGAUAUACAAUAGAGUGCAAAUUUAUAUUGAGAUAUACAAUAGAGUGCAACUUUAUAUUGAGAUAUACAAUAGAGUGCAACUUUAUAUUGAGAUAUACAAUAGAGUGCAACUUAAUAUUGAGAUAUACAGUAGAGUGCAACUUAAUAUUGAGAUAUACAGUAGAGUGCAACUUUAUAUUGAGAUAUACAGUAGAGUGCAACUUUAUAUUGAGAUAUACAGUAGAGUGCAACCUUAUUAAACGUUACUGUUUGAAACAUUUACCGGUCUUUGGGUUUGACUAUACAUUGUAGUCGAGCCCACUUCUUAUUUAUAGAUUUAACUGUAACCCCCGUUUCUGAAUUUAAAAAAAAACAACAACAAAACAACAACAAAACAACAACAAACAACAAAACAAUGUUUAGUGAGUACAAACAUGUGUUCAAACUUAGUACAAACAAGAAAUCUAUUACGUCAUACUGUCUUGUUGGUCUCAGGUCUCUUUCAUUUGUAAUUAACCAUAAACUUCUCAGCAGUCACUAUAGAUAGGUCUCAUUAGAUACCUGUAAUUUGAAACAUACGUUUGGCUAUAGUUAUGAAGGCCCUCAUGUAAGCACUUUUUUUUUUCAAAUAUCACGACAAUGUAAUUAAAAAAACAAACCUAUAAGGGGUCGUUCUUAAAUUAUGUCACGCUAAAAAUGACCUUUUUAGACCCCACCCCCUCCGUGUCACGUCACAUCUAAAAAUAAAAGCAAAACAUACAUAAAAUUUCCAUAACUAAACAAAGAUUUUAUUUUAUUCUUUAACAUUAUCCCAUAAUGGAUUAAGAUGUUGUAUUAUUAGAAAACUGAGUUUCAUAGCAUCUAUAAUACCUAGGCAAUUUCGACUUCAUAUUUUUAAAAUGAAAUAAAAACAACGUGAUGUCACAAAGUUUUUGACCCCCCUCCCCCGUUACAAAGUGUCACAAAAAUUUCGACCCCCCCCCCCCCCCCCCAAUAAUACCUAGGCAAUUUCGACUUCAUAUUUUUAAAAUGAAAUAAAAACAACGUGAUGUCACAAAGUUUUUGACCCCCCUCCCCCGUUACAAAGUGUCACAAAAUUUUCGACCCCCCCCCCACCCCACUGAACGGGACGUAAUUUGCGUACGACCCCUAAAUUUACCUAAAUUUACAGAACCAUUUACAACACUUGUAAAUUAUUGUUAAGUCACACUCGUUAACUAAAACGCUAGCGAUAUUUUUGUUCAAGAAAGCUUACACAAUCAAAACUUUCGACGUCAGUCCCCAGACGUUUCAUUCCCAGAUUGAUAGCCUAACAUUGUCAUCGAAGCGAAGCCUGCACUUUUCCUCAACAUUGAACGCCGGCAUGUUGGCUCGGGUAUUAAGGACUCCGUUAAAACCAGGGACGAUGAUGUCUGCAACCUUCCUGCGGUUACAACAUCACCAUCACGUCUCCACUCAAAGGCACAUUUCGCCACAGACUUCUCCAAGAUCAAAUCUCUUGGCGGCGCCUACUUUUCGCGACUGCUUCACGACGACGGGGGCAAGUGGACGUCGUCCCGCAGCAGCCGCGUCUUUCCAUAGCUUGAACGCCCUUCCGCCAUUCCCCGAAAACAGACCACGUGACCUAAAGUCUUUCAAAACGUCCGCGGCGGCGCAGCCCGACUACCGAGACCUCGGCCACCUGGUGUACAAGGGGCGGCACCGCAACACCAUCCAGUUCGUGAAGACGCUUUACUUCGUCAACGUCGUCCCGUGCCUCGCCUGGAGCUCCUACAACUUCUGGUGGUACUACUCGCGUGACGUCCUCGACCUCCCCUACGCCAUGCCCAUGCUCAUGAACCUGAGCCUCAUGGUCGCCAUGCCGACGGCGAUCCACGUCGUGACCAGGAACAUCAUCACGGAGCUGUUCUUCAACCCGACCACCGGGGUGUUCACGGCGGCAGUCGUGAGGAUCACGGGCAGUGCGAUCACGUUCAGUUUCACCGUCAACGAUGUCAAGGCCAAGGAGUCGCCUCUGAUGUGCCCGACAAUCGACUACAAGCGGAGGAAAUACUUCGUGAGCAAAAGCCACUUUAGAAGUCUGGAGGUUUACAGGAAACUCUUUGGUGUUGAUAAAUGAAGUUCACGUGCCUUUGGUGUUGAUAAAUGAAGUUCAGGUGACUUUGGUGUUGAUAAAGGAAGUUCACGUGACUUUGGUGUUGAUAAAUGAAGUUCACGUGACUUUGGUGUUGAUAAAUGAUAUUCACUAAUUUUGGUGUUGACAAGCGACGUUCACAUGACUUUGGUGUUGAUAAAUAUUCAAGUGAUUUCGGUG